CUCUCUCUCCCUACCUCCCUCUCUGCCUGUUGUUGUUAUCGUUGUGCUCGGCCUUGGCUGUGAAACAACAAGCCGUGCAGCCAAUCAGAGAGCAGGAUUUAGACUGGAUCAUGGUGCACAGUGCUGCAGGGACAGAUAGCCGAUGUAAACAUGCCUGAAGUUCCAUCUGCAGAGAGCUCGAGCGAGCAGCAGCCAGAAAACACGCCGAGGAAAAGAACGUUAGAGUACACAGACGAUUACACGGCAAAAAAGAAACCUCGCUGCUGGGGUAUUUUAACUAGCCAAGGGUCAUGGGCGGACCGGUCUCCUCUCCACGAGGCAGCGUGUCAGGGCCGUCUCCUGGCCCUCAGGACCCUACUCUCACAGGGUUACAACGCAAACAUCCCUACCAUAGACCAUGUGACGCCGUUGCAUGAGGCUUGCCUGUCAGACCACGCGUCAUGCGCCAGGGCGCUUAUUGCUGCUGGUGCCAAUGUAAAUGCCACCACCAUUGAUGGGGUGACACCGCUGUUCAAUGCCUGCUCAGUGGGCAGUGCCACCUGUACAGAGGUACUGCUGGAAAACGGUGCCAAGCCCCAGUCAGAGAUAUGCCAGCCCUCGCCCAUACACGAGGCUUCCAGCAAAGGCAAAAUUGCUUGUCUGGAGGUACUGAUCACAUGGGGAGCAGACGUGGACUAUGAUAUUCCUCACCUGGGAACCCCCCUGUACAUCGCCUGCAUCUCCUCAGGACUCCAGUGCACACAGAAACUCCUCAAUGGAGGGGCCAAUGUGCAGAAGGGCAGGUUCCUGGAGAGCCCGCUCCAUGCAGCAGCUCAGAAGGACUGUACUGAGAUCAUCAAUGUGUUGUUAGAGUUUGGAGCGAACAUUAACGCUAAAAACCUAGAGCUGAAGAGACCGGUGGAGUCAGCCCCGCCUAACAGCUCAGCAGAGGAGACGUUACUGCUGCAUGAAGCAACACCGCGGUCACUACGUCAGCUGUGUCGUCUCAGUAUCAGAGAUUAUAUGGGCCGAUCUCGACUACACCUCAUCCCUCAGUUACACCUCCCCAACCUUCUCAAACGCUUCCUCCAGUACAGAUAGGGACACAUCAACGCUCUCUCUGUUUCUCUCUCUUUCAUCUCUGUCUGUUGCUCUCCCCCUUCUCUCUCUGUUUCUCUCUCUGUCUUUCUCC